AUGAAGCCUACAAUUGUCGCAAAAGAUAGGCUGACGUUAGGUCAUCGCCUAUCACAUCCAGGGCCUGGUGAAGAAGUUCUGAUUACCGGCAUCUCUGGCAGAUUUCCUGAUUCGGACUCCGUUGUACACUUGCAAGAAAAUCUGUUUAACAAGGUGGACCUCGUAUCAGAGGACGGUCGUCGUUGGAAGCUGUCCCAUCCUGAGAUUCCGCAACGUACUGGAAAAAUCAACGAUGUUAACAAAUUCGACGCCUCCUUCUUCGGCGUUCACUUCAAUCAGGCGCACACCAUGGAUCCAAUGUGUAGAAUACUUUUGGAGAAAACAUAUGAAGCUAUCUUUGACGCUGGUUUAAAUCCUAAUGAGCUGCGAAACACCAAGACUGGUGUGUUCAUGGGUACUUGCUUCUCAGAAUCAGAGAAGACAUGGCUGUAUGAUAAAUCAGAGAUCAACCAGUUUGGAAUUUCUGGCUGCUCCAAGGGCAUGUUAGCAAACCGUAUAUCCUCUUGGCUUGGAGUUACUGGGCCUUCCUACACCAUUGACUCGGGUUGUUCCGGUACUCUGUACGCCUUAGACCAGGCAUUCAAAGCUAUACAUGAGGGUAUUUGUGAUACAGCUAUUGUCGGAGGAUCAAACUUGUGCCUUCAUCCUUACGUGUCACUACACUUCUUUAGAUUGGGUGCAUUAUCAGCUGAUGGGAGAUGUAAGACUUUUGACAACAAUGCAAAUGGUUACGUUCGUUCUGAAGCAAUUGUUGUUUGCAUACUACAGAAAGCCAAGAACUCAAGAAGGGUUUAUGCUCAAGUGCUCUAUACUAAGACUAACUGUGAUGGGUACAAAGAACAAGGUAUUACCCAUCCAUCUUGUGACGCUCAGAAAUUACUGCUCAGAGAAUUUUAUGACGAAUGUUCCAUUUCACCCAGUGACGUAGAGUUUAUAGACGCACACGGAACAGGUACAAAAGCUGGAGAUCCAGUAGAACUUACGGCUCUUGGUGAAGUCUUCUGUAACGGGCGAUCUGAACCUCUUAUGAUUGGUUCUAUUAAGAGUAAUUUGGGACACAGUGAACCAACUGCAGGUCUUUGUUCUAUCGCGAAGCUCUGCAUCGCCUAUACGACAGGAUAUAUUGCUCCAAAUCUAAAUUACAAAGUACCGAGGGAGGGGAUCUCGUUCCUCGCAGAGGGAAAACUUAAGGUUGUGACGGAAAAGCAGCCCUGGAAAAGAGGAAUUUUCGGUAUUAACAGCUUCGGCUUUGGAGGUGCCAACGCACAUAUCUUGUUCAAGAAUGCCGCAAGAUUAAAAGUAAACAAUGGAAUGCCAUCAGAUGAUUUACCUCGUUUGGUGUGCGUAUCGGGUCGCACUGAAUCUGCUGUGGCUAAGAUUCUAGAUGACCUUGAGUUGAAGACUGUUGACGUUGAACUUGUUGGACUUUUACACGCGAUACAUGAUGAGGAUAUCAGUGGCCAUGGUGUUAGAGGAUACACUUUAUUGGAGUCGUCACCAACAAAAAGCGUGCCAUUAGCUCGGAACAUCCAAUACUUCUCCGGUGUUCGUCGUCCAAUGUGCUUCGUAUACUCGGGUAUGGGUUCUCAGUGGGCAGGAAUGGCUACACAACUCAUGAGAAUCCCUGUAUUCGCUGCUGCUGUUGAAAAAUGCAACAACACUCUGAAGCCUAAAGGUAUAAAUUUGACGAAGCUCAUAACGGAUCAAGAUCCUAAGAUAUUUGACAACGUCGUCAACUGCUUCAUCGGUAUCGCCGCUGUUCAGAUCGGUCUCACGGAUGUCUUGAAGGCUGUUGGAAUUAAACCCGACUGCAUUAUUGAUGAUUUAAAAAUAUACAGGGAAAUUAAAUCACCAGAGGAUAUAGAAAUCCUGCAAAGUGACAUCGACAACCUUAGUCCAGUACUAUUUGAGGAGACGGCUCGAAAAAUUCCUGAAAAUGCGAUCACUAUAGAAGUUGCUCCACAUGGCCUACUUCAGGGCAUUAUACGUCAAACUGUCAAGAACGACGUCAUCAACAUUACUUUAACCGAGAAGAAACACCAAGACAAUGUGCAGGUUUUCUUAACGGCUCUGGGCAAGUUGUACGAGGUCGGUUUGAACCUGCAACUAGCUAAUAUCUACCCGACCAUAGAGUUCCCAGUCUCGCAAGGAACCCCGAUGCUUUCUCACCUCGUCGAGUGGGAACACAGUGAGAACUGGUACGUAACGACAUACAGGGCACAAGAGAAGAUGGAUUGUUGUGAGAGGACAGUGAAAAUGUCUAUUAAAAAUGAAAACUACGACUACAUGGUCGGACACGUCGUUGAUGAUCGUAACUUGUACCCUGCAACGGGUUACAUUGUGAUGGUGUGGGAGACCCUCGGUAUAAUGAUGGGAGAGCUGUUCACGGAAGUGUCCGUGGUGUUCGAAGACCUUCGAUUCCAAAGAGCUACAAACAUACCCAAAAAUGGAAACUUAGAGUUCACUGUGAUGAUUCAGAGAGGAAGCGGGCAUUUUGAGGUUAUGGAAAGCGGAGCAUCCAUCGUGACUGGACGUAUUUACGCAAAGAAGAACGUUGGGCACGAUUACCGUGUGCUUCCAGCUGAGCUGGAGGCAACAGGACCCAAUAUUAAACAACUCCUAACAAAGGACUUCUACAAGGAGUUACGUCUGAGAGGUUACCAGUAUAGGGGGCUAUUCCGUGGCGUAAUCGGAUGUAACGUGGAGUACACACGUGGUCGUUUAGCUUGGGUCAACAACUGGGUCACCUUCUUGGACUGCAUGAUGCAGAUGAAGAUCAUCAGACAAGACACCCGAAGACUUUACGUGCCAACCAGGAUUGAGAAACUGUGCAUAGAUUCUACUAUGCACUAUGACGCAACAUCCAAAAUGAAGACAGAUUCUACGAAACAGUCAUUUGGAAUUAAGGUGUAUCCGAAUGCCGAUGUUAUCAGGGCUGGUGGAGUUGAAAUUCGGGGCUUUCACGCGACACCUAUUUCAAGAAGAAUUCCUCUUGGCACACCAGUUUUAGAAAAACACAUAUUCAUUCCUAAUUUGGGGAAGUCUACGAUGAGGAUAGAAGAUAUUCUUAGAAGCAACAUUCAGCUCAUUAUUGAAAACAUGCAUACUUACAAAGUCAAAAUUAUUGAGAUUGUUGACGAUGAACAUAAAACUAACGGAUUUGAACUUAUUCGGAAUAAAGUAGCGGAUAUCGUAUGCGACGUGCCAUUUGUUCAAGCUGACAUAUCUGUUGUUUCUGAGAACAAAUUGAGGGUGAUUCGAGGAAAUGAUAAUCUUAUACUAAUUGGCGCUAAUUUGCUUCAGAGACCUGAUAUACUUGAAAAUGCAUCAAAAGCUGUCAAUGACAAAGGAUACAUCAUGAGUCGAGAAAGAAAACAAAUAAUUCCAAAAGAUUUCUCAAAUAAAUUCGACAUAAUUACCGUACAACGUACUGGCUUCGAAUAUAUGAUCCUCUUUCGGAAACGAGUUAGCGCAAAAGCGGCUAAAUUCAUUAAAGUUAUUUCAUCUGAUCAAAGAUUCGCUUGGAUUGAUAGAGUUAAGGAAGAAAUUAAAGACGCUCAAAAAGUCGUACUAUAUAGUCAAGAUGAGCCAAUAAAUGGACUAUUGGGUUUGAUUAACUGUCUGAGAAAAGAACCUGGUGGAGGAAUAUUUCAUGGUCUAUUGAUUGCCGAUCCUUCGGCACCUCCAUUCAAUCCAGAAUUAGCAUUCUAUAAACAGCAGUUGGACAUGGAUUUAGCAGUAAAUGUUUAUGAGAAAAGUCAAUGGGGCACGUAUCGCCACAUGCUUUUGGAUAGCAUGGAUACAAUGCAGGUCAACCACGCCUUUGUUAACACCGUCAAUAUUGGAGGCCUAUCCUCAAUCAGUUGGUUGGAGGGGCCCAUAAGAGAGAAUCUAGUUUUCAAGAAUCCAGAAAAUUAUCUCGUUCAUGUUUACUAUGCAGCUCUAAAUUUCCGUGACGUGGUAAUGGCAAUGGGACGCUUGACGGUCGACGCCGUCGCGAGAGGCAGAAUCGAACAAGAGUGCGUGCAAGGGUUCGAGGUCGUCGGCAGAACGUGCAAUGGUAACCGAGUUAUGGGCAUUGUAAAGAACAGCGGUUUGACGAACAUGGUGUUGGUAGAUAAAACGCUAUCAUGGGGCAUCCCUGAUGAAUGGACCUUCGAAGAGGCUGCCACUGUCCCUGUGGCUUACACGACUGCAUAUUAUGCUUUGGUAAUGGUAGGCCAGAUCCAAAGAGGAGAAUCAAUCUUGAUCCACGCUGGUUCUGGUGGUGUUGGUCAAGCAGCUAUCAACGUUGCUCUUUCCUUCGGAUGCGAAGUGUUCACUACUGUUAGUACUGAAGAGAAACGACUGUUUAUCAAGAAACUCUACCCGCAGCUUAAAGACAGCCAUAUAGGCAAUUCUCGCGACACAUCCUUCGAAGACAUGAUCAGGAAAGAAACAAACGGAAAGGGAGUGGAUUUGGUUCUCAAUUGUCUUUCAGAUGAGAGAUUACAGGCUUCGAUACGCUCUCUCGGAAAUCGCGGUCGAUUUCUCGAGAUUGGAAAGUUUGACAUCAACAACAAUGAGCCCGUCGGCAUGCACAAUCUCCUCAAGGAGAUCUCGUUCCACGGAAUUAUGUUGGACUACGUCCUCAACGAAGGCGAUGAAUUUAGAGAGAAUCUUCGAGAUCUUUUAUUAUCUGGUAUCCAAAGUGGCAUUGUUCGUCCGCUCACGCACUGCUCUUUCGAGAAGAGCCAAAUCGAGUACGCAUUCAGAUACAUGGCCGCUGGGAAACAUAUUGGAAAGGUGAUCAUUAAAAUUCGUGAUGAAGAAAAAAGUAGCCGUCAUACAAAACUACAGAGUAUACCCAUCGAUGCUGUUCCUAGAUACAUGUGUCAUGAAGAUUUAGUCUACAUUGUGGUUGGGGGUCUCGGGGGUUUUGGUCUGGAGCUUGCUGACUGGCUCAUCAUGAGAGGAGCCAGGAAAGUGUUGUUCAGCUCCAGUCGAGGAAUCACUAAUGGUUACCAGUCAUCGCGAUUGAGAGCGUGGGCGGGCUAUGGGGCCGAUGUUCAAAUUUCAACUCAUGAUGUCACAACGGAGGAAGGAUGUGAAAAAAUUUUGAAGAUGGCGAACGCUAUGGGAGAAGUUGAGGCGAUAUUCAACUUAGCAGUGAUAUUGAAAGAUUCCAUCUUCGAAAACCAGACUCCAGCCUCUUUUAUGACAUCGUUUGCACCCAAAGCACUGGCAACAAUGUAUUUGGAUAAGCUUUCAAAGAAAUUAUGCCCUAAGUUAAAGAACUUCGUCAUAUUCUCAUCUAUUACUUGCGGUCGUGGAAACGCUGGUCAGGCCAACUAUGGUUUUUCUAACUCCGUGAUAGAGAGGAUCUGCGAGUCGAGAAAGACGCUCGGUUUCCCGGCGCUGGCAGUACAGUGGGGUACCAUCAGGGACGUGGGUUUGGUAGCGGACAUGCAAGAAGGCCAAGAUGUCGAUCUAGAAUUCUGUGGAACUUUCCAACAGAGCCUUUCCUCCUGCCUCCUAACUCUGGACAAGUUCUUGAAACAGGAUGCCGUGGUAGUAUCGUCGAUGAUUGUAGCUAAAAAGAAGGCAGGAUGCUAUGGAUACGGAGGCAACGUUGAUUCAGUUGCACAGAUUCUGGGUAUUAAGGACCUCAAAAAAGUGUCUCCUCGAGUAUCUCUCGCUGAACUGGGUAUGGACAGUAUGAUGGCAGUAGAGAUCAAACAGACCUUACAGCGGGAAUUCGAGAUAUUCCUGUCAGCUCCAGAUAUCAGAAAAUUGACAUUUGGAAGGUUGAAAGAACUAUCAGCUCAAAAACAAGCGAAAGCAUCUACAUCAGUGUCAGUACAUCUAGGCCGGCCUGAAAAUGCGAUUGGACUCCAAGUGUUCAUUAGAAACUUAGGUGAUGAAAACUUAGCCUCGAAACCUUUUAUAUACAUGCCAUCUGUGAUCAGCCAUUUAGAGCUAUUGACCAAUAUAUCAGAUCAUGAAAAGGAGUUGAUAAUGUUCAUGCUGCCCGGCCUAGAAGGUUGUGCUGCGAGAAUGGUGCCUUUAUGUUGUAGUCUUAAAAUCAAGAUUUGCGUCCUGCAGUUUGGCAACGAAGAGAAGCGGGAUACCUUAGACACUUUGGUGAAUAGAUUACAUAAGACGAUGAAAUCAAUAUUAACUCUUAAAAGUUCGUUAAUACUCCUUGGAUACAGUUUUGGUACUUUGCCUAUGUUGAAAUUGGCGAGCAUUUUAGAAAACGAAGGUCACGAUGCCACAAUAUUUUGCUUAGACGGCAGUCCGGAUUACCUCUACAGAAUAAUGACCUCGUCCGUCACAAGCGACACUGAGUUACAAAACAGCCUAAUAAGUCAUAUAAUCGAAAUAAUUUCACCAAAAAAUAAAAUCAGCGACACACUCGUGAUGGAACUGAAAGAAAUCGAAUCGUACGAAGAGAGGAUUAAAUACGCUAUAAAAGUGUGUCCAACUCAACAGAACUAUUCGGAUAAUUUCUUAAAAUCAAUUAUAAAUGCGAGUUUCGACCGUAUAAAAAUGAUCCUCAAUCAAGUCGAGAUAAAGAAGGUCAAGGCUCCAAUAGUUCUAUUGCGUCCGAAAAAAAAUCCCCCAUUCUUGGUGAUCGAAGAGAAUUACGGCUUAGACAAACUAACGGAAGGCCACGUGACGGUACAUCUCGUCGAAUGUAACCAUGUCAGUAUAGUUGAGAAUAAGGAUUGUGCGAAUAUUAUUAAUAGUGUGUUAGCACAAGAUCGAGGAAAGAUUAACAAGGAUGCAAUAGCAAGUGGAAUCAAAAAGCAACUGUCAGUGGAAAUAUAA